CCCUCCCUCCCUCCAUGAGCCACUACCACUAGACUAGCGUCCAUUAUUGCUCACAACUUGCCUAAUCACGGUCUUAAUCCCUGCUGCGUCCCGAUCCUAAUCCCUCCGCCCCGCCCCCGCUUUAAAACGCCCACAGCUUUCUUCCCUCAACCUCUGUCUACCCUCCUUCCUUGGCCGCUGACCGCCUCCACUCCCCCUUCGAAUCCGCGGACCCAUGGCUUCUUAAACAACUCGGACCUGCGGAAGCACAGCGCAUCCUCCUCCUCCUCGCCGCGGAAGAAUCUUGAAGGGUCCUGAUUCUCGGAGGGUCUUGAUGGGGAUAUGCGCGUCCUCGGAGCACCUCGGCCAGCAGGGGCAGGAGGCGGACGAGAGCAUCGUGUACGUCAUGGACGAGGAAGGAGGAGGCGGCGCGUCGUCGCCGAGGAAGGUGGCCUCCCUCUUCUCCCAGAAGGGCAAGAAAGGCCCCAACCAGGACGCCGUCAUCCUCUGCCAGGGAUUCGGCAUGGAGGACGGCGUGUUCUGCGGCGUGUUCGACGGCCACGGCAGAUGCGGCCACUUGGUGAGCAAGCUGGUGAGGGACUACCUCCCCUUCAUGGUCCUGAGCCACCGGAACGCGCUGCUCCUGGCGGACGCGGACGCGGACGCGGACGCCGACGACCCCGUGUUCAGCGACGCCUCGCCGUCGUCCUCCGCGGACAGCAGCGGCAACUCGUCGCCGCACCCGUCGCAGAUGCUGGAGGAGUGGAGGGAGGCCUGCAGCAAUGCGUUCAAGGCCAUGGACAACGAGCUCAAGCUGCAAGCCAAUAUGGACUGCGCCUUCAGUGGCACCACGGCAGUGUGUGCCAUCAAGCAGGGCAAGGAUCUGAUCAUUGCCAACCUCGGGGACUCGAGGGCGGUUCUUGCGACCAUGUCUGGGGCCGGGUACCUCAAGGCCGUGCAGCUCACCACUGACCAGAAGCCCGGCCUGCCUGAGGAGGCGGAGAGGAUCAAGAGGUGCGAGGGGCGCGUGUUCGCGCUGAGGGAGGAGCCGGGCGUGAUGCGGGUGUGGCUGCCCGGCGAGAACCUCCCGGGGCUGGCCAUGGCGCGCGCGCUGGGGGACUCGAGGCUGAAGCACCACGGCGUCAUCUCGACGCCGCAGGUGACGGCGCACCGGAUAAGCGACGCGGACCUGUUCAUCAUCCUGGCCACGGACGGGGUGUGGGACGUGCUGAGCAACGAGGAGGUGGUGUCCAUCGUCUGCGCCACGCCGCGGAAGCAGCACGCGUCCAAGGCCGUGGUGGAGGCGGCGGUGCAGAGGUGGAAGACCAAGUACCCGUCCUCACGGGUGGACGACUGCUCCGCGGUCUGCCUCUUCCUGCACGACCACACCGCUGCAGCGCCCACGAAGCUCUAGCCGGCGCUCAGGCUCCGGCAAAAGGCCGGCCGUUCAGCUCCAUCUUGUACAUGUUUCUCUCUUUUUUGCCGGGGUUUUGCUUUUCAUUUUUUGCAAAUGUGAUGCAAAUACUUUUCUAGGUUUGUGUAAGUGUAAGAUAGUUUCGGCUGAAGAAAAAUACUACCCGCGGACUCCUUGCGGAUCCUCGGCCGGACGGCUA